UAUAUAUUCAAGAGAAGAGAGAGAAAGCCAGGGAAAAAAAAAAAAAAGCUGGGUCAACGAGAGUUCUUAAUUAUUAGUUCAUGAUAUAUCCAGCUUUAUAUAUAUAUAUACACGUAUACUUGUUAUUAAUUUGUAGUGAGUGUUAAUUAGCUAGAGAUCGAGUUUAAUUGGGUUUGUUGAGAAUUUUUGGUGAAGGGGAGGAGAAGAAGAAGAAGAAGAGAUGGCGGGCGGAGGGGCCGCGCCGAUCGGAAUCAAGAAGGAGCGGGCGGCGCAGUACAAAGGGCGGGUGACGCCGUUCGUCGUCAUGGCCUGCAUCGUCGCCGCCGUCGGAGGCUCCAUCUUCGGCUACGACAUCGGCAUAUCUGGCGGGGUGACAUCCAUGGACCCAUUUCUGGAGAAGUUCUUUCCGGUGGUCUACCGCCGGAAAAACUCCGGCAGCCAGAACAACUACUGCAAGUACGACAACCAGGGCCUCGCCGCCUUCACGUCCUCUCUUUAUCUUGCCGGCCUCGUCGCUUCCAUCGGCGCCUCCCCCGUCACCCGAAAGUACGGCCGCAGAGUCAGCAUCAUCUGCGGCGGCAUCAGCUUCCUCAUCGGCGCCACCCUCAACGCCGCCGCCGCCAACCUCGCCAUGCUGCUCCUGGGCCGCAUCAUGCUCGGCGUCGGCAUUGGCUUCGGUAACCAGGCCGUCCCACUCUACUUGUCGGAGAUGGCACCGGCGCACCUUCGUGGCGGCCUGAACAUGAUGUUCCAGCUCGCGACCACCCUCGGCAUCUUCACCGCGAACAUGAUCAACUACGGCACCGGGAAGAUCAAGCCGUGGGGGUGGCGUCUCUCCCUAGGCCUUGCGGCUGCCCCGGCUUUUCUGAUGACCGUCGGCGGCUUCCUCCUCCCGGAGACCCCCAACAGCCUCAUCGAGCAGGGCCGUGUCGAGGAGGGACGCCGCAUCCUAGAACGGAUCAGAGGCACUGCCGAUGUGGAGGCUGAGUUCCAAGACAUGAUCGAGGCGAGCGAGCUCGCAAACUCCAUCAAGCACCCUUUCAGAAACAUUCUAGAAGCGAGGAACCGGCCACAACUCGUGAUGGCGAUAUUCAUGCCGACGUUUCAGAUACUCACGGGGAUCAACUCCAUAUUGUUCUACGCGCCCGUGCUGUUCCAGAGCAUGGGCUUUGGAGGGAACGCGUCGCUGUAUUCGUCGGUCAUGACAGGGGCCGUGCUCGCCUUGUCGACGCUCAUCUCGAUCGCCACCGUCGAUCGGUGGGGACGGAGGGUACUGCUCAUAAGCGGCGGCAUUCAGAUGAUCAUAUGUCAGGUCAUAGUGGCUGUCAUCCUGGGCCUGAAAUUCGGCAACGACAAGCAUCUGUCGAAGGAGUUCUCGAUCAUCGUCGUCGUCGUGGUGUGCCUCUUCGUGGCGGCGUUCGGGUGGUCGUGGGGCCCGCUGGGGUGGACGGUGCCGAGCGAGAUCUUCCCGCUGGAGACGCGGUCGGCCGGGCAGAGCAUCACGGUGGCCGUCAACCUCUUCUUCACCUUCGUGAUCGCGCAGGCGUUCCUCUCCCUCCUCUGCAACCUCAAGUUCGGCAUCUUCCUCUUCUUCGCGGGCUGGAUCACCAUCAUGACGGUGUUCGUCUACGUCUUUCUGCCGGAGACGAAGGGCAUCCCGAUCGAGGAGAUGGUGCUGCUCUGGAGGCGGCACUGGCUCUGGAAGCGCAUCAUGCCGCCCGCCCCCGCCGUCGAGGACGGGUGGGGGGCCGAAAUGCAGGUGCCCGAUACCAGCGAGUACAAAUAAACCGUUUACCUGUGAUAGAUCGAUAAAUAGAUACAAUGUGUGUCUGACUCAAGUGAAAGAUACGCUGACGAAUUAAAUAUGAAGGGCUUAAUCUCAUCCAUCGCUUAAUGAGCGAAUGAGAUUAAACUUUUGAAUAUAGUUCGUUAAUGUGUCUUUCACCUCAGUUGGUAAAUCAUAAUAAGAUUGUAAGCAAUGUAAGCUCAUGUGUUGUAGAAUCAGGUAUCAAAAGAUGAAAGCAUGUAACAAAAGGGGUGUUAAUGGGUAGGAUCUGGUACAGGAUUAGACAUAACCCAUAACUGGUGCAGCAAAUGGUUUCUAACCCAUUAGUGGUUAUUCUUAAUUGCCAGAAGCACAGAAGCAUCACAGAAGAGCAAAUAUAAUGCUCAAGCUUAAUUAA